AUGGGUGUUUCUGUUCUUAUUUCUCCAUCCUGUCCUUAUCCUGUCACUCAGAUUCCUAUGUCAUCUAAUUAUGCUUUGGCCAUCAAGAUUGGUUCCCUCAGAAUUGUAUGCCUGUACUUGCCGCCCUCUAUGUCCACCCAUGAUGCUCUUGCAGUUCUCUCCUCCAUUCCUUUGACCAAUGACACUAUUAUAUGUGGCGAUUUUAAUUCACGUUUGGGUUCACUUACUGGUGACUAUGCUACUAACACUCGAGGUCUUGCUCUUUGUCAAUGGUUAGAAGAACAUGCUCUUACUGUUGUCAAUGGCCAGCUCUCACCAUGCACACCUACAUUCAUUUCAUUCCACCAAAAUGUGGAGAUAAGCAGUAUCAUUGAUCUGUUUAUCACUAAUAUGUCCUUCACCAAUGCCACUCUCAACAUUCAUACCGACCUCUCACUCAACUCUGACCACCGUCUGCUUUCACUUUCAUUUAUAUAUGCCAUCAAUCCAACAUCACAUGCACCACCACCAUCUCCACUAGAAAAACGUACGGGAAUUACCAUGUACAAAGUUAAAUUAUAA